UUAGCGGCCAUCUCGUAUUGAUAGUUCUGAGGAGAGGAACGAAGAGAAACAAGUUUUGCGAGCCUCCUUUAUCCAACAACAAAAAAAGAAUAUUACAGAGCAAAAUGGAAAUGAAGAAAAGAGUGUCGUUAGAGUUGAGGUGCCGGUCACCCGCAGAAGUCCAGGAGCUGGUUUUGGACAACUGUCGAUCUACUGAAGGCAGAAUCGAAGGAAUAACAGAAGAGUUCUCGAACUUGGAACUACUGAGUCUUAUAAAUGUUGGCCUGACCAGUGUAGCAGACAUCCCCAAACUGGAUAAACUCAAAAGGUUGGAGUUGAGUGAAAACAGGAUAUCAGGCGGUCUGGAGGUUUUGGCGGAGCGGCUUGUGAACCUCACACACCUAAACCUCAGUGGGAACAAGUUCAAAGACAUCAGUAUGCUGGAACCGCUGAAAAAGUUGCCCCAGCUGAAGAGUCUUGACCUGUUUAACUGCGAAGUGACCAACCUGGCCGAUUACAGGGAGUCCACUUUCAACCUCCUCCCCCAGCUCGUCUAUUUGGAUGGAUAUGAUAUGGAUGACUGUGAAGCAACCGACUCUGACGGCGAGGGCGAUGGAGUCGAUGAUGAGGAUGACGAAGACGGUGAGUCAGAGGACUUUGAUGAAGAGGAGGAGGAGGAUGAAGAGGACGUAGUGGCAGAAGAUGAUGAUGAUGAUGAUGAUAGUGGUGAUGAUGAGGAUGGAGAGGUGAAUGGAGAUUUGGAAAGUGAAGAAGAUGAAGAUGAGGAGGAUGAAGGUUGAGGAGGACUCGUGCCAGACCAAAGGACAGAAGAGGAAGAGAGACCCUGAGGAGGAGGAUGAAGAUGAUGAUGAUGAUUAGUGGCCUGCUGAGACACCCCUCCUCCCCCCAAACCCUGAUGGACCCCACGUUAUAUUUCUAAAACUGGUUCCCUGACUCCGCCCUUGUCGACUCCCUUCCUGAAACAUUCGUUGACUGUUUAAAAGCCCGUUUACACGUCUGUUUUAUGUUCGACCUCACCGGUUAUUGGUCACAAAUGAAUUUCUUCGUUUGUCAAAUCCAAAGUGUUGGCAGCACACAGAGCAUCGUAGUGCAACUGGCAUUUACCUCUUGAUGAAUUCUAAAGUUGUCACCUCAGCAGAAUGAAGUGAAUUGGCUUGUUGUGACUGGGUGGGACUGGACCCUCAUUGGCCUCUUGGUUGUACCAGUGACUGAAGAGCAGUUUGACAUAAACGCACAUCAGGAAAAGGCAUUAUUCUUUCACAAAAUAGGUGUUUUGUUGUUUUGUUUUAAAAACUAUCAUAAAUAAACUAUCGUAAGUUGUUAGCGAAAUAAUUAUUUUGCAGUAUAAAGUUUUAUCAUGCGCCUCUUUUCGUAACAAUUUUGAGAAAUUUUUAGGUGACACGGCUAGCUAAUACGUUAAACUUUUUUUGCUUUGGACGUGCUUUGACCUCAAAGGUCCACAAUGUCGCACCAGUGUCUGGCUGAGUUUUCACAAGUGGACCCCGAUGCAAAUUGUUCCUGCAUGUUUUUCAUGUCUUCCAACGGAUUUACAGACCAAAGCGAGUAACAUUUGAAUGUUUGUUGCUAAAACCGUUGCUGCGCCGUUCAACUUAUUGAAGUCAUUUUAAUUUCUGAGUCUUACGCUUUAAAAAUUUCAUCAGCCUGUAGACCGGUGACCUGUAACGAUCUGAUUGAGCCGGAAUAUCUGGCAUUAAUGGUAAUGUCAACACAAGUUGUGACUCUGAGAUGCAAAAGAAAAGAAUUUGUCAGUUGAUCAACUACUAAAAAGGUGUCGCAAACAGAUUGCACACUGAAAUUAACUGCCAUAAAGUAAAAGUAAUUUAACGGCUUUCUGCACCAGCUAAUUGUCUACCCGUAAACAUUGUAAACAAAAUUUUGGUAAAUAGGCCAACAAAAUUUGUGCUGUUGUAGUGACGUCUUUUUUUGUGUGUGUGUGUGUGUGUGUGUGUAAAGGUGACAGUUUGAGACUACAGCUAAAAGCCCCAAAACUACGUAAACAUUAGCGAGAAGAGCAGUUUGACGCAAACCUUUUACAGAACGCAUCGCGAGGAACGUUCUUCAUCUUUAUGGACAUUUGUGUAUUUUGUCAUUUGUUGAAGGAAAUGGACCAAGGGCUCAUGGGAUUCGCUUUUAGAAUGUAAACAUCCCUCAAUUCCUUCCUACUUUUUGUCCCUCCCGACCCUACCUUCUCCAGGAAUGUCCUUAGUGGCAUAAUCACAGUGGGAUGAAGCCACCUCUGAUGUCUUCAACAUGUUCCCAAAGGACUGAUGUCUGUGGUGGACAACCAUCCUCACAAUCCUGGAGGCCAAAUGCGCUCAGGACAAACUUUGUGUCAACUUUUUUUUUUAAUGGUUUUCUGGGUGCUCUUUCAUCCUUCCCUCACUGUCAUUUAAUUUCUUUGUAUUUUGUUGAGACCCAGCUGUUCGAUCUUUACAGACUGUUCAAUAUUUUGUUUUUGUUUUUUGUUCUUUCUGUAAGUUAAAUGAAAAACUAAAACAUACCAAAAAAAAAAACUUUGUAAAUAAAAUCUUAACAUUUUGCUUGG